AUGGCCCUUUGGCCAUUCCGGCGCCGGAGUAGCCGCAAGCGCUCCCGCAGCGGCACUGCUUUCUCAGAUGCAGAGGGCGCGCCGCUGCCUCAUAACGAGGGACCCAAACUUGGGUUGAAGAAACGACGUACCGAACCGCCCAGACUUCAGGGAGCCGGUCGAACCUAUAGUUUCUCCCCGGGACGCCAGGACGACAUCCGCACCGACCGACACCGCGCUGGCUCACCAGUCCGUGAACGAACAGGCCGAACAAGAACUACUGGCAACAUUGAAGAACGUCCCGAACUCUGGGAUCGCACACCCACGCUUCGUCCGACCCACCAAGCAACAAGAAAGCAGAGAAGUAAGAGGAGGAAAGAAGAACGCAACAGAGAAGCCGAGAUUAAAGCAAUGAGUAGUUUUGCUCCAGUUCGGCCUGCUACGGAACAAUGGAAUUCAGGCCGGCCUAUGAAGAAAGAUUCCAAAAGAUCAAAAACCGGGGGAUUUGGAAGGCACCGAGCUGGUCGCAAUUCGGAUGUUUCACUUCCAGUACCCGGAUCAAUACACUCCAGUCUUUCGUCUGACUCGGAGUUUGGCUCGUAUAGAGUCUCUGCUCUUGCAGCUCUUGCACCCCGACCUACCCUUCGUUAUACCCCGAACGCCCGAUGGACGACUCCCCACGUGCCUACACCUCAUCGGUCUGGAUCACUAAGGAGGAAGCUUCUUGAGCAGGAGCCGAUUCCGGAAGAGACGACGAGGUCGCACAGGCGCAUCGAUUCUCUUGCUGACGACCUCGAUGCCCGCGAUCUUAGGGAACUCAUGGAAAUAGAUAAUCGACGACGAGAACUGAAAAAGCAGAAGGAGAGGCAAAGGAUGGAGCGAAGGAUCACACAAAGGGCAGAGAAGCAACAAGCGGAACAAAUACAGGCCAGGAACACAGGCACCCCUCCACCAGAGAAUCUUGAGAGAGGUGUCAUGGGCCGUGAACUUGUGGGGUUGGGGAUCGACCCUGCUUCCGCUGUUGUCACUGAAACGAAGCCUGAAGAUCCAGAGCCCAUGGAUAUCACUGAAGACGAAAGGGAAAUCGAGUGUCCCAAGAAGACCGAGGAGGUCUGUCAUCGCACAGACACAGCCGCCUCCGAGCAACCAACACCUAUGGAAGAAGUCAUUACAAAGGAUACCUCAUCUAUGCGUCAACCCUCUGAAGACAUGGGAAGCGUUUCUCCUGGAACAAGAUUUUCUGAUCUUUUGAGAUCGGCUAAGUCACGAUCCAGGUCGACGAUUCGAUCUGAUCGGGAUAGGAUGGUUUCUCCGCCGCCGGAGACCAUCAACGAGGAGGAUGUUCAUAUGCCCAGACAUAACUCUCAUGAUUCUGAUGGCAGCAAGAAUGGGUUUGCUUCUAUUAAGGCAUUUCUGCGAAUUGGAAGCAAACGACAACGACGUGAAGGACCAUCGUCCUUUGCCAAUACCUCUCGGGAGGAAAUGCAGGCCGCCGCAGCUCAGUCAAGAGCACAGGCCCAAGCCUACGCCCUCGCUAAGCUCGAGGGCGAGGACUCGCCCAACUCUUCAAGCGGUAACUAUCUAUCCCGUAAACCAAGCAUUGGCGCUCCGAAGAGGACGCGCUCUCGGUUCCGGGAGGACUUACCUGAAUUACCUCUCUCACCGCCAGCUUCACGCGUUCAGUCGCCCGAAGCGGAGCCUCCCAUGCCCAUCCUCACUGAACAAAAGAUCCGUGAAAUGGAGGAAUUGAGGUCCUUGGGUGUGCGCUAUGACACACCAACAUCAGGCCACCGAUCUGCCGAGGCCAUGCGCCGUACGUCGUCGACAGUAGAGCGCGCAUAUGUUUCACCAUCCCCAGAAGCUGGCAUGUCUAUGUCACUCGCCUCGAUUGACUCCGAAGGUUCCUGGCUUUCCGGUAAUGCCAGUGGCCGUCGAGCUGCCAUACGAGAUAGCAUUCGAAGGGCUAAUCAGCGUGAGCAAAACGACGCCCACACAGAUUCCCCAACAAACAGCACAGAAGAAAAUUUGGAGAUCGUUGAGGAUGAAUAUUUAACGAAGCUCACUCCCCGAAGAAACUCGAAUCCUGAGUUCAUGGGUCGUCGUUCCGGCGAAGGACGUCCCAGCAGCGAUGAGGAAGAGUUUGCUACUGAUGGAGAGAUGAAAUGGGGCGCUGUUGGUUCUCAGCCCCAAGUUGUGCACAGAUUCACCAUGAAGAGCCACGAGGGACUCUUGGAGCUUGAAUCCGAGGAUGAAGAGAGCCCGACAUCACCCGUGUCUCCAUCGCAAGAGCUUGCCAAUGUUCAGAGCGCUAGAAGCGUCAACCUGGGCAAAGGUCACGUUCGCAAUUUUAGCGCUGGAAGUGCUAAACUACUCGAUCUCACUCCCCGGCCAUCCGUUGAUGCCACAGGGAAUUCAGAGAGGCGACGAAGUCACGUCCAACCAGCCAUGUGA